UCUAAACAAUGCGCGCUGCCAUGACGACGACGCCUGUUGUCAACUUCCGGUUCGUAGCGAUCGACCAGUAAGUUACUAGCAGCGAGAGAAUGAGUUCAGGUUCCACAUGUGCUGUUGUUGGUUGUUUUAACAAUUCAAAGAAGAUAAAAAACUUUUUAGAAACUGAGUGCUUCGAUCAUAUGAUUAGAAGGAGAGAAUGCCCGUGUCCGGUUCCGUAUCAGCUACAUUCAAUGCCAGAGAGUAGACGUGUAGAGUGGCUAGCUGCGCUAAAACUGAAACAUCCACCGAAAAAGGUGUAUGUCUGCUCGCACCAUUUUGUUCACAAACGCCCCACGGAUGACCAUCCCAACCCGGAAUUAUACCUUGGAUAUGACAGACCAGUGGUGAAGAAGAGACGUGCAAUUGUUCGUGUCGAAGCGACAGGCCUGUUGGAACUAAAUGAAAUGGAGGAGAAUCAUUUCACAACUGGAGAAACAUCUUUCAGUUGCUCAAAGAUUGAAAAUAAUUUCACACACAAAAGUGCUCAAAGAACAGCAGCCGAAAAUCCUUUCACCUGCCCUCAGUGUGGAAAAAGUUUCAAAUUCAAAAUAUAUUUAAUAAAGCACAUAAGAAUCCACACCGGAGAGAGGCCUUUUACAUGUCCUCAGUGUGGAAAGAGCUUCACAUUUCAAGGACCUCUUAAGGAUCACAUACGAAUCCACACAGGAGAAAAAUCUCACAAGUGCUCAUAUUGUGGAAAGAACUUCAGUCGAUCAGGAACCCUGAAAACACACGAGCGAGUGCAUACAGGAGAGAAGCCGUAUCAAUGCACUUCAUGUGGGAAAACGUUCAAACAAUCAAGUCAUCUACAGACUCAUAUGAAAAAACAUUGCCCGAAUCACAAAGUUCUUCAGGACCAACUGUUUUAAGUGAAUAGUUUGAUAUUGACAUAAACCAAGGGAUGGACUUUCUCCCAAAAGAGCAAUUUUAUCUAAGAGCAAAUUACCUGUAACUAUAAAAUCUGGUUCAGUGGAAGUCAAGCUGGCAUCACAAUAGCUUGUUUGCAGUCACUUGAUUCUUAUGACGCGCGAAAUUCAGAUGGAGGGCAGGAAGUGAAAAGCAGAAUGGACGAGAUGGAGGAAAGUCCGUAAUUUACUAGUUUAGACAUGAUUACGAGAGAAAGAUAAACAGAAAAUCACAACAUAUGUUGGUGUAACCGGCCCUGGUCACCCCGCUCCGAACUGGACUCUAACCGGUGUCUCCGGCGUGGGAGGUGGGUGCACUAACAAGGAGGCUAAAGGCUACAGCCUCUAGCGUCAGUCGCUAGUGCACCUCUUGAGGUCAGGAGAGUGAGGUUUACACACUGCACAGCUAUCUACCAGCUGGCUCCCGUUACACUCACCCCCCUAAACCUCACUCCCAUCCGGGUCACAGCACCAUUUUAACCAGCUCUGGUCACCCCACUCUGUACGGGACUCGAACCGGCAUCUCCGGCAUGGGAGGCGGGUGCGCUAACAAAGAGGCUAAAGGCUACAGCCUCUAGCGUCAGUCGCUACUGCACCUCUACCAGCUGACUCCCGUUACAUUGGACGUGAUCCUUAUGUUUUUAAGAGGAGCGAUUUUUCAACUGAAUACUUGGCUGCCAUCGAGGUAGUAGAUAUAAGCAACUCCAGAAAACAAAAGCAUACAAAAGUAUGGAGGCAUACAACUUUUUUGUUAGUGGUUGGGUCAACGACCUUGGUACCAAGGUGCUCCACAAUGACUGUUGUUUGGUUUUCGUCUGGGUGAGUGGCAUUUCUUUUUUGUCCUGUGGAUUAACCUAGCAACAAACAUUAAACGCUGCAGCGCCUCUCGAUGUUAGCGUUACAGUUGUUUAUUUUACGCGAUUAGGUUAACCACUCUCAAAUGUCCGCCGAAAUGCCACUAAAGACAUGGAUCAUCACGAAACAAGACAGAGAAGUCAUUGCAGCUCAUUGCAAUUGUAUGGCAAGAUAUUUCCGUUCGCCUGCAAAUACUUUGUAAUUAGCUUUGCUAUCGUUAUGUAUUUUUGUUCAGUUACAGAGGUACAAACUCAAAGAAAAGAAAAAACAAUUACUUUAACUUUACAAAGUACGGAAACAGCUACAUAAACAUAGCCACAUAAGAUGUAUUAACUUGCCAUUUUUCCAGCGUUUUUCAGUCAAUUUCUUGCAUUUUACCACUUAUGAACAACAAAUUUUGGUACACGAUAAAAGCUCAUUGUGGUUUCUCGGUUUGGUCGAUUUGAGCAACCGUAAAUGAUUUUGAGUUUGUGAUAGUGCUUUCCUAUGUAGAAAAUCACUUCCUGCCCUCCAUCUGCAUUUUGCGCCACAGCAACGCAGUGACGUCAUGUGCAAACAAGCUAUAGCAGACCCAGAACAACUUGAUUUGGGUGGGGGGUGUCUCACUUAGUGACUGUUGUCGCUGAUCUUUCCCUCCUAGUUGGUGAGCCUGAUAUUUUGUUCUACAGGUGAAAGUGAAAGGUGAAGUGGAUUAUUUUUAUGUAUAUGUGUGUAUGCAUAUUGCAUAAAGUAAAUGUUUUGUAUUUAUACUCCUUGUUUGUGUGUUACAUGGAUGUUGUGUUGUUGUGUAUGGUACGUUGUUGCAGCAGAUGAGUCCAAGAAUACAAGUUAGGCUUCUUCUAAAGUAUAAACCAGGCUUUAAUGUGGUGACCACUCAUAGUCAAUUCAAACAGAUGCGCUGCAUAGCAUGCUGCAUGCUCUCCUCCACGGUCUUUAAAAUGCAUAGAAACAUAAUAAUUAUAUCAUUAGAAAAGCUAAAGGACUAAGAUAUUAUCUUAAGGUUUACUGCAUUCAACUUUAAUUGUGAUGUUUUUGUCACUAUACAAAGACUAUAGAAGACUGUGAAUUUAAUUAUUC